CGCAUGCGCCCCGCGGGCCCCGCACUGACAUGGCUGUUGCCCGGGUCCGCGCGACCGCCGCGCGUCGGCAGUUAAUAGGCAUGCUCCCUGAGCGCCCCGCACUGACAUGGCGGCUGUCUUCGCUGGGGUGACUUUAACUCUCGGUUUUCGGUUAUAGCCCGCCGGCGCUCACUUGUUUUCAGGAAGCUCGAAGUGUUUGGUGGAGCCAGGGAGAGGAAGGGUCGGUGAGUGCGGCGGUGAAAGGCGAGAGGGGACUGCAGGCAUCUGGGCUGGCUCCUGGCCGGAGCAAGAUGGCUGAGGGCGAGCGGCAGCCGCCGCCAGAUUCUUUGGAGGAGGCCCCUCCAGCCACUCAGAACUUCAUCAUUCCAAAAAAGGAGAUCCACACAGUUCCAGACAUGGGCAAAUGGAAGCGUUCUCAGGCAUAUGCUGACUACAUCGGGUUCAUCCUUACCCUCAACGAAGGUGUGAAGGGGAAGAAGCUGACCUUCGAGUACAAAGUCUCUGAGGCCAUUGAGAAACUAGUUGCUCUUCUCAACACGCUGGACAGGUGGAUUGAUGAGACUCCUCCAGUGGACCAGCCCUCUCGGUUUGGGAAUAAGGCAUACAGGACCUGGUAUGCCAAACUUGAUGAGGAAGCGGAAAACUUGGUGGCCACAGUCGUCCCCACCCAUCUGGCAGCUGCUGUGCCUGAGGUGGCUGUUUACCUAAAGGAGUCAGUGGGGAACUCCACGCGCAUUGACUAUGGCACAGGGCAUGAGGCAGCUUUUGCUGCCUUCCUCUGCUGUCUCUGCAAGAUUGGGGUGCUCCGGGUGGAUGACCAAAUAGCUAUUGUCUUCAAGGUGUUCAAUCGGUACCUUGAGGUUAUGCGGAAACUCCAAAAAACAUACAGGAUGGAGCCAGCCGGCAGCCAGGGAGUGUGGGGUCUGGAUGACUUCCAGUUUCUACCCUUCAUCUGGGGCAGUUCUCAGCUGAUAGACCACCCAUACCUGGAGCCCAGACACUUUGUGGAUGAGAAGGCUGUGAAUGAGAACCACAAGGACUACAUGUUCCUGGAGUGUAUCCUGUUUAUCACUGAGAUGAAGACUGGCCCAUUUGCAGAGCACUCCAACCAGCUGUGGAACAUCAGUGCUGUCCCCUCCUGGUCCAAAGUGAACCAGGGUCUAAUCCGCAUGUAUAAGGCCGAGUGCCUGGAGAAGUUCCCUGUGAUCCAGCACUUCAAGUUCGGGAGCCUGCUGCCCAUCCAUCCUGUCACUUCGGGCUAGGAGGGGCCGAGCUGAAGAGCUACCCAGGCCACAGUUCCUGUGCCUGCCUCCCCACCCCAGCAGUGGCCCCCUCCCUACCCCCUCCCUCUGUUCGUCCUGUUUGAUGAGAGGCUGUUAACUGGGGUGGGGUGGCGAGAUGGGCUUGAGGGGGCUUGGAGCAUAAGGUUUCAGGGCCCAAGUUGGGAGAAGUGACCAAAGUGUAGCUGGUUUCCUGACCUUCCCUGUUCUGGACUGGCCAGAAGAGAGGGCUGGGGCCCGGUCACUGGGCCACCCUCUCCUGUUCCUGGCCUCUUCUCCCUUUGCUCCUGCCCAGUCUGGUUUUGAGGCCAGGGGCUGUUCUGCAGCACUGCAAUGAGGAGAGGGGAGGGGAGAUAACCUGCUGCUUCCAUUGCUUUUCGCUUCCCGGAGUUGAUGCCUUUGUAAGGGUUGGAGCUGCUCCUCGCAGGGGUGCGUCAGUUUCCCAGGCCAUGCUGGGAUGGCUGUUCAUGCCAGGGCUGGAAGCUGAGGCUGGCUGCCAGCCAUGUGGUGGGGUGGGGUGGCCUUAGCUGUCCUGGCCAGUGCCCCCCCCCCCAGGCUCCUUUUCACCCUGCCCUCUGCGCCUGAGGGCCGGUGUGUCCAAGCCUCCUCCUGGCUCUUCUGUUCUUCAGCCUUUGGCUUUGCUGGGUUUCCUGGCUGUAGCCACAUCCCUCCCUCUCCCCAAGGGUAGCCUAGCUGAUGGAAGCUGCCUUGUGGGUAGGUGCUGGUCUCCUGGGAGGGCGCAGCUGAUGGGGUGAGGCCUGUCUUUCCAGAACUUUCCCUGGCAGGGAGGGGGUGGCAGAAACUCAGGGAGGGGCUUGGGGCCCGUUGUGUCUGGAGAGCCUGGAUUCCUCUGGGCAGUGUUAGGCCCAUCUGCUUCUGUUACCUCUGUGCUGCUGCAAGCUUCACCCAGGGCCCUGGGCCCUGCUUCUGUGCUCCCCUGGGUGGUGGGUGGGCCUAGAAGGUGGCAGUCCCACUCCCUGUCCUCCCACCUCCCUGAACUGUCCAUUGCCUUUAUAGGGUGAGGUAAGUGACGGCCUCCCAGGCCCAGGCUUUGGCUCUGAGGAUGUGCCCAGUGGGGGCUGGGCAAGCCCAUUGAGGGGAGAGGGGGGCCCUGUAGCUACAUGCCACCGCCGAGGUUUCUCCUAGGGCUGUUUCUGGGGCCUGGCUCUUAUAGGCUCGUCCCCCAGGCCUGCCCUUCUCCACUGCCCCUCUCCUGUGUCUGGGUCCACACACCCUUCGGGAAGGGGGAGCACUGAGAAGCACAACACAGGGGCUCGGCCUGGGAUCCAGUGAUGGUCUAGGCAGAGGCUGGGACAGGAGUCCCAAAGGUCAGUGACAGUUUCCCAGAAGAGGCCCAGCUCCCACCUCUCUCCCAGGGCCAGACACCCCUUCCUGGCUCCCCUGUCCCUUGCACCCUCAUUGCUGUUUGGAUUAAAGCCUCUGUUUUGCACCUGUCA